AUGGAGUUCGACCUGACCAGGAUCGACCCUCUCGUCAAGUGUCAGUACCUCGGCCUGACCCCGACCCUCCUCCCCCUCCCCAGCUCCUCGGCGACAGCUUCUACAGCAUGUGCCACGUGGAGGCCGUCGAGCACCACGCGCGCGACGCCGCCUUCGGCUUCCGCGCCUUCGCCUACGAGCUGCAGCACCGCGGGGAGCACGCCUUCUCCGACCUGUUCCGGGGGCCCUCGCCCGUGGAACCUGGCCUACGUGGGCGACUCGGACGACCUGCAGUACCUCUUCUCCUUCGAUAAGCUCAACGUCAGCCUGACCAAGGAGGAGGACCUCUUCGUGUCCCGGAUCAUGGUGGAUCUCUGGACCAACUUCGCCGCCACCGGGAACCCGACGCCCGACCUGUCCCUGGGCUUCAAGUGGACGCCGACCGAGGCCUCGAGCCUCUCCUACCUCGGCAUCACCUCCGCCCCCGCCAUGAAGGUCUACGACAGGGAGCAGGACAUCGAAUUCUGGAGGAACCUGCCGAGGAAGAUGAACAAGCUGCUGUACCCGGACCGCUUCUCCCAGAACAGCAACUAGGACGGCUGUUCCUCCGUUUCCGAGCGCUGUGACGCUGUGACGGUGCUCCUUGUUGCAGCUUCAAUAAUCAGGAUAUCAAGCAUA